GUUUGGAUAAACUGUUUACUUUUUGGUUUCCCGAGAUUCCAGAAAUCCAGCAAAAGAAAAAAUCUCAGGAUUUCCAAAAAAUAUUCAUCUUACUGGUUGCAUUUAGUGAAAUUAGUGUAAUAACAUUACUGAAGCUUCAUUUUCUGUGAUACGGGCCGAGUACGGCGUACUGGGCAUUGCUCUAAUCUUUGGCGAACUGUGUAAUUUUUCUUUCUAUUUGGUCCUGCCCUUAUAGAAAUUUGCAUUCUUGUUUCUCUCGUUUGCUCGAUCCUUCGCUUGGUUUUGGGAUUGAUUGUUGUUCUGAAGUUCAGGAAUAAUGGAUCAGCAGCAACGGUUCCGGACAGGUGAACGUAUCAACAACAUCUCCACCAACACGUUCCAAAUAUGGGAAACGACAGUCCGUCUGGCUCGGAUUCGAACUCUGAUGGAUCAUUUGUGCGCCGCCAAUGACGAAAAUGAUGAGCUAAUUUACUGUCUGCGUGAACCUAAUGAGCCCAUUGAGGACAACCCGGAGGAUGCAAGCAGCACUGAUACCGACCCGGACGAGGAGGACAGUUCCAUCAACUCCAUCAUCAAAGAUAUUCGCUCGCGGCCACGCACCCGUGGUGCCGUCAAAAUGAUAUUCUACAACCGGUUGGCCAUGAUCUCGGACAAACUGGCACAGGAUAUCAAAUUCCGUUCGGAGAAUGCGGAAUUUUUCGACGAUCUCGAACUGGUGCUGAGCAGGAUGAGCGACGAAGCAGCCGAGAUCACCAAGCGGGAGAUAAUGAAAUACUUGGCCGAAGCCAAGGAACGACUCGCCAAGAAAGGACGAGAACGACAGCAAUUGCUUCAUCAGCAACAACAACAACAGCAGCAGCAGCAGCAGCAGCAACAAAGUUAUGACCCCUCUGGUUCCAGUUAAGCAGGUCACUUAAGUAGGUAGUCCCGCUCUCCAUAAUUCGGACAGAAGAGAAACAAUGAUCAAAAUUGAAAAUUUCUUCUUAUUUUAAACGUGAUUUUACCCAAUGGGAACGAAUGCCAGCUGAAGGAGAAAAGCAUUCACCAACACGACUAUUUGGUUUAUUAUAAUACACAUAAAAAAUACAUACAUAUAUCUUAGUGUACUGUCGGAAUGACUAUUUUUCCGUAAUUGUUUAUUUAUAAUUGUUUGCGCCAGAAUUAUUCCAAUACAAAUGAUUUGUGAAAAUAGAA